AGAUCUGAAGGAAAUCUGAUUGACAUGGAAGACCAGAAACCCUUAAAAAAUUGCCAUCUUACAGAACGUCAAGAUCCAAGCUUGCUUCUCAAUUGGCCAGAUGCUUUUAACCUUCAUGGCAACUUUUCCAAAGCUAAAAAUCCAUUCUGGAAUGAACUAUCAGCUUCCAACCCAUUUUUGGAUGAUAUAGCUCAGCUACAAAAUAAUAAGAAGAGCAGUAACACUUCCAUCUUGAAAGAAGACCCCUUUCUUUUUUUUAGAGAAGUAGAAACUGAAAACUCUCUUGAUUCUUCUGGUGACGAACUUGAUGUUCAUCAACUGCUGAUGCAGUCUUCCUCAAGGACAUCUGCAAGAUCUAAAAGUGUUUCAGAACUUUUGGACUUCCUAGAGGACAAAACACAUGCCCAUCAGAAUACACAAAACUCUGACCAGAUUCUGGUGCAAGAUUUAGAAUGGCUUCAAAAUGAUAGAGAAGCUUACAAAAUGGCAUGGUUGAGUCAACGCCACCUGGCCAGGUCUUGCCUGGAUUUGAAUACAAUCAAUCAGAGUCCUGGAUGGGCCCAAACACAAAUUGCAGAGACCAUCAUUGUUUGUAAGUUAAAUCAUCAGGGAGGAUCUGUACAAAUACCUGAAUCAGACAUCACAGUUCACGUGCCCCAAGGUCAUGUUGCUGUGGGGGAAUUCCAGGAGAUAUCUCUGAGAGCUUUUCUUGAUCCUCCACAAAUGCUUAACCAUAAUCUUUCAUGCACAGUAAGUCCACUAUUGGAAAUCAUGUUAAGCAACUUUAACACAAUGGAAUCCAUUUUGCUGGAGAUGAAAAUUGGGGCCAACGUGAAAAAGGAUCCUUUCAGCCAAGUCAUGACAGAAAUGGUGUGUUUACACAGCCUGGACCGAGGAGGGCCUUUCAAAGUGUUGAACAACUGCUACAUUUACAAAGAUACCAUCCAAGUUAAGCUAAUAGACUUGAGUCAGGUGAUGUAUUUUGUGGUCGCUGCACAAACAAAAAUUAUGCCAUCACCAACUGCCACUAUUUGGGAUUAUAUUCACAAAACUACCUCAGUUGGAAUUUAUGGGCCCAAAUAUGUCCAUCCCAGUUUUACUACUGUUGUCACAAUUUGUGGACACAGUUAUAUGCCUGAAAAGCUUACAAUUUCUGACAUUAAGAGGGGUAGGAAAAACACUUCUUCAGUUGUAUUCCACCUCUGGGGGAAGCAUUCAUUUUUACUUGACCAACCACAAGAUUUAAGUAUUUGUGUUUUCUCAUGUGAUCCUAAUUUUGUAGUAAAGGCAGGAGAAGAGAGGAAAGAGAUUAAGCAGAAAGAGUUGCAGACUGGUGAAGUAGUCCAUCAGCAAUUUUUGUUUUCUUUAGUUGACCUUAAAGAAAUGCACUUGUUCACUUUUAAUGUUCAGGUGGAGGUGUCCAACGGUAGACCAAUUGCACAAUUUUCUAUCACUACACCUGAACCAGCUCCAAACCUAAAAAGGCUCUCCAGUUUGCCAGGCCAUUUGCAGGUGGAGAAAGAAUCAAAGUUACCUCCUUUAAUGCCCACAAUGACUGUUAAAUACCCCACAUUUCAAGAAAAGAACUUGAACUUUACCAAGUAUGGGGUAACCCUAAAGACAGUGUUACGGCAAAACAAGAUUGACUACUUACUGGAAUAUUUCAAAGGAGACACAAUAGCUCUUCUUGGAGAAAGUAAAGUAAAAGCCAUUGGACAAUCCAAAGUGAAGGAAUGGUAUGUGAGUGUGCUCAGAGGUAAAGUUGGACUUGUGCACUGUAAAAAUGUCAAAGUGAUUUCAAAAGAACAAGUGAUGUCUUCGACAGAUAGUUUAUUCACAACUAGGAAUCUUCUUGAACAAAUAAGUCUACCAUCUAAAAAACUGACUUAUAUCUACUCAGUUGUAUUGACUUUGGUAUCAGAAAAAGUUUAUGACUGGAAAGUUUUAGCUGAUGUCCUGGGUUAUUCACAUCUGACACAGGAUGGUUUUGAUCACAUACAAGUGAAGAAAGAAUCAGAAAAAGUUUCUUAUGUCAUAAAGAAGUUAAAGGAAGAUUGCCAUUCAGAUAAAAACACAAGGAAGUUUCUUUAUGAACUUGUUGUGGCCCUGCUGAAGAUGGAUUGUCAAGCAUUGGUAACACAUCUCAUCCAAGAAGCAGCUAUUCUAACUUCUGCUGUCAAACUUGGGAAAGGCUGGAGAGAAUUAGCUGAAAAAUUAGUAAGACUCACAAAGCAGCAAAUAGAGGCAUAUGAAAUUCCUCAUCGAGGUAAAUCUGGAGAUCUUGCUGUUGAGAUGAUGUGGAAACCGGCCUAUGAUUUUCUAUAUACUUGGGGUGCUCACUACGGAAAUAGCCACAAAGACGUGUUACAAGACCUUCAAUCCGCUUUGGACAGAAUGAAAAAUCCUGUGACCAAGCAGUGGCGUGAAUUAACUGGAGCUUUAAUCCUAGUAAAUUCUUUAGAAGCCUUGAGAGCAACUGCAUUCACGACUUCUGAGGAAGUAUAG